CGUUGGCCCUGGCGUCUUCGCGCCUGCGCAGCGGCGCCGUCCGGCGGCUGGAAGCUGGGGUUCUAGGGGGAGGGGGUGGAGGUCAGGCCGAAUCUUGCUCCGUAAUAAGAAGCGACCCGUCCCGCGGUCCUGGCUCCGAGGGUCUGGUCGGGUGGGGCCUUGGCGCCGGAGCUGCUGUGGCUCCCGCCGCGGCGGUGCGAUGGAGGCCGUGCCGGAGCCCAGCGCUUGCGCCGGGGGAGGCCGAGGCAGCCGGCGGUGCUAGCAGAUGAAGCGGCGGUGGCGGCCCGGGCUCUCCAUGAGCAAGCGGCGGCGGCGACGGGAUGAAGACACUGUUUGAAGAGAUCAAAGCAUCAAUUAAAAAUAAUUAUAACCAAGAUCGAUCAUUUUGGAGGCCUGUUCUUCCGUGGGGAGGAGUUUUUACUAUCAAAGCUGGCCGCAAAGCAGUGUCCUGUACCCCGCUCUAUGUUGAAAUAAGACUGAAAAAUACCUGCACCAUAGAUGGAUUUCUGAUGUUGUUGUAUGUCAUUCUUAAUGAAAAUGAGAAUUUCCCCAGGGAGCUCUCUCUUCAUUUUGGUAGAGAGUUUGUAGACUGUUUUCUUUAUUUAAUGGACACAUAUAGUUUUACAACCGUGAAGCUACUUUGGAUUUGGGACAAGAUGGAAAAGCAGCAAUACAAAUCUGAAGUUUAUAAAGCUUCAUUAGUAAUUGAUCUGUUUGGGAAUGAGCAUGAUAAUUUUACAAAAAAUCUUGAAAAUCUCAUGUCUACCAUCCAAGAAAGUUACUGUUCCAACUGGCGGUGCCCGACAAGAGUACAGGAAGAUCAGCAGCGCACGAUCAAUAUAAAUCCUCCCCAAGAAAUCCCACAUGGAAAUUUGAUACGACUGGCUGUGGAUGAGUUAUUCUGCUCCAAGAUUGAAUUAUGUGAAGAGCAUGGGUGUGGUGGCUUAAGAGAAUUUUCCCAACGAGUCUUCUGCCACGGAGCACCUCCUUUUGUUGUCUUAAAUAUGCAGCAUUGGAAAUCUGAAGAUCUGGCAUAUGUACCCUAUUACUUGGAUUUAUCUGAUCACAAAUACUUGUUGGAAGGUGCCACGUUAUUUAACAAAGAGGAGCACCAUUAUUCCGCAGCUUUCCAGAUGGACGGGCACUGGAUGCACUAUGAUGGCCUCAGAAAUGUGAAUUUAAUUUUGUUAAAUAAACCCCCAGAAUUUCUCCUUUUGUCAUCACUGGUUUAUAUUCGAGCAACAGAGAAAUAAAUAUAGACUGAUGCUAAAUUCAGUUGUUUUCCCGCCUGCCCGUGCCCCAGCAAGAUGAAGGGCUUUUAUGUCGUGUAUACUUGGUAUCCAAGGAAAUAGUUCAACUAUACUAGUUUCAGAGAUGUACUUCCCAGUGUUCUGCUCCAGGUAAAUGUUUUAUAUAGAAGAUCUAUGCAAAAAUUUGUAUUUCUUUUUUAUAUUUCCUGGGUUAUUUUUAUACAAGCAUAUUUUAUGUUGGAAUACAAUGUAUCUGUAGCCUUUGUAUUUUUUAUUUAUAUGUACUGCAAAAGUUUUUACAAUUCUAACCUUAAAUCUAAAGAAAUGUAAGAAAAUACUUUGUCACUUGAAUUAUAAAUUGUUCUUUUUGGAUAUCCAAGUAAAACCUGGGUAAAAGUCAGUAUUUUAAUUUACAUAAAUUUAAAAGUUCAAGAUAUAUUUGACUAUACUCUUUGCCCUACCUCAACUGUAAUCCAAAGUGCACUAUUGGGAUUUAGUAUGGAUUUGAAUGUACAGUUUAUGGAGGACCUAAUUUUACCCAUUGCUUUGCCUAAUUUCUUUGCAGCAAUUUUUAAAAAUAGUCAUUUGAGAAUUUUUUUCUGGGCUUACAUGAUUUCUUUAUAGUGGUGAAUUACUGUAACUACUUGCUGAAAUACUGUAAACCUGCUGGUGGAUUUCCAAGUGUUAAGUAAGCUUCCAACCCUAAAGUUAUUGUUCAAAAUAAAUUAUAUAAGUACCCUAAAUAUUAGUUUCACAGUUAAAUGUAAUGGAAAUUCUCCAAUAAAAAAUGAUUUUACAGAAAAAGCAACUGUAAAAACUAAUAUGCAACUGGAUGCUUCCUAGUGUUGGGCUAACACAAAUGUCCUUCAAACUUAUAAGUGGCCUACUACUGUACUCAUCUCCAGCCCAGUAUCUCUUCACCUAGUGAGGUUUUAUUUUGCCACAGAGGAAAAAGUAAGAUUUUGCUGGCUCUCUUGUAGAUAGUAAUUGGUACCAUAAAGCUUUGACUUGCAAUAUAAAUCACUAGAAUUUUAUAGAUGCCAGAAUAUUUUUUAUAAAGAUUGGUCUUCCUUUCUGAAGGAAAAUAAUGAAGAUUCUCAAGGGAAAAUACUUUUCAGAGCUUAUCCCUGUUCAUUUUAGUGUUUACAUUCAACACAAUCUGCUUUAGGUUUGUGGUUGAGAUUAGGUGCAAUAUACCUGAAGAUGUCUGUGUGACUACUCAGUUCACUGCCGUAUACCAAAUUGCUAAGGUUUCAUUCAGUAAAUUAAAUCUCACAUUUGCCUUGGUGCCGUGUUGAGAUAACUUUCUCUAAGAACCGACAAAUGUGGAUGAAACAUUGCUGAGAAUUCCUCACUGAGUAAAUACUACGAGAAGUACUUUUAUACCGAAGAUAAAUAUGAUUUAUUUUACAGAAAAAAAAAAAAACUUAUCCUAGAAUUUAUUUAAAUAGUCCCUCCUAAGUGUAAAAACUAGGACUUGGUUCACAGUAAACUUAACCCAUAACAUAUUACUGCAUGAAUCAAAAUAUAUAAGAACUCAAAUACUAGAAUAUAUAUAAGUGGUAUAAUUAGCAAAUUAUUAAUAUCAUUAGUAAGUUAUUCCUAACACAGAUUUAUUCUUUUAAGAAUUGCACUUUAUUUGGAAUAUUAAUCACAAAACAAUGACAAACCUACCUCACAGGGUUGUUGUGAGGAUUAAGAUGUUCGUUAAAAUCUUGACUACCUUGAACGUGCUAAUAA